CACACUACCCACCAACAACAAGAGAGAUGCCGCCAUUAUACCAGCCAUGGUCGGCAAUGCUGCUUUCUAGCUUGCUCGUGUCCGCCCCUUUCGGUUCCGGAGUCAUUGGGUUCAGCACGCCCUCUCUGUUCCGAGCAAGCUCCUCCUCAGCUGGAGGGCGCACGUACGCCAGGCGGAGCAGGUCCUGGAAGCAACGCCCAGAAGGACGAAAGACGUCGUCGAUACCGAGUAUGUCUUUGCCAGCGGAGGGUGGGCCAACGAGCAGGAGCCGGGCAAUCGGACUUGGCAUGGCAUCUCUCUUCUCAUUGGCCGUGGCCCCAACGCCUGGUCUUGGGCUUGACCCUGUCCGCAAGGUACAAGAGCAACUACGCAUCCGAGCACAGGAGGAGUUCGACAACGUAGAGGCUCUUGCUUCACCAGAGGGAGGCAAGACCAUCCAGCCUGUUCUUGCUCUGGUACCUAUCAUCACGCUUCGACUGCAACUGGACGAGGUCGAGAACAAUCUCAAAGACCCACGGCGGUUCGGAGCCGCGUUGACCAUCCUGCAAGCUCAAGACUUCCAGAAGAAAGACAUCAAGCGCGUGUUCAACGCGUACAGCGACAACAUCUACUACUUGCCAGAUUCGGACCGGGAAAACAAGUACCUCCAGGGCGGGGCGACGCCUUCCAGCCGACAAACGCUGCAGUAUCUCCUCCGAAACGACGUGAUCGACAACGUCGAGGCUCUCACUGCGGAGAUCGCUUAUCUAAUCAGAGAGAGGGAGUCCGGGGGCGAGGACGGGAGCGAGGCAGACACCGAUGAGAAGGACUUGAGGAUGUACUUGGGGAAGUGCAAGCAGGGCUUCGACAAGUACCUGGGCAUGGUGCUGCAGAACGAGAUCGACGAGGCAACAGACAUGGCCAAGCUUGUAGUCGAUAGGUUUGUUCGUGAUAAAGACUAA